AGGGAGGAGGAGGAGGAGGAGGAGGAGGAGGGCAGGCCUGAAGAAGGAGAAGAAGGAGAAGGACUCCUCUCCUGCUCCUCUCCUCCUUUUUCUCCCCUUUCUCCUUCCCCUUUUCCCACCAUGUCGAGCCUCCAUAAGACCAGAAUUGCCGAAUUUCAAGACAUCCUCAGCGAACCCAAUAUUAUGCUGGAGAAGCUUCGUGAUCUCUGCUUUAGUGGGGUUCCUUUUGAAGGUGGUUUGCGUUGUCUCUGCUGGAAGAUCCUCUUGAACUACCUUCCAGUCGAGAGAACGUUAUGGAGCUCUCUCUUGAAGAAGCAGAGGGAAUUGUACGCCCAGUUCUUGAAGGAAAUGAUUAUCCAGCCUGGGAUCGCCAAAGCCAACCUCGGCGUCUCCAGGGAAGACGUGACACUAGAAGACCACCCGCUGAAUCCGAACCCAGAUAGUCGGUGGAAUACUUACUUCAAAGACAACGAAGUCCUGCUGCAGAUAGACAAAGAUGUCAGGCGACUCUAUCCGGACAUGGCCUUCUUCCAGCGGCCCACCGACUACCCUUGCCUCUUGAUCCUCGACCCACAGAACGAGUUUGAGACCCUCCGCAAACGCGUGGAGCAGACCACCCUCAAGUCUCAGACCGUGGCCAGGAACAGGAGUGGCGUGACCAACGUGAGUUCUCCGCACAAAACGGCAGCUCCGAAUUCAUUGAGCGAAUACGAAAUCCUGCCCAACGGCUGCGAAGCCCACUGGGAGGUGGUGGAGCGGAUCCUCUUCAUCUACGCCAAGCUGAACCCGGGCAUCGCCUAUGUCCAAGGCAUGAACGAAAUCGUGGGGCCGCUCUACUACACAUUCGCCACCGACCCCAACAGCGAAUGGAAAGAACACGCCGAAGCGGACACCUUCUUCUGCUUCACCAACCUCAUGUCUGAGAUCAGGGACAACUUCAUCAAGUCCCUGGACGACUCCCAGUGUGGCAUCACCUACAAAAUGGAGAAGGUCUACUGCACCUUGAAAGAGAAAGACAUGGAGCUGUACAUGAAGCUGCAAGAGCAGAGCAUCAAGCCCCAGUUCUUUGCCUUCCGCUGGCUGACGCUGCUCCUCUCCCAGGAGUUCCUCUUGCCAGACGUCAUCCGCAUCUGGGACUCCCUCUUCGCUGACGACAACCGCUUUGACUUCCUGCUGCUGGUCUGCUGCGCCAUGUUGAUGCUCAUUCGGGACCAAUUGCUAGAAGGCGAUUUUACUCUCAACAUGCGACUUUUGCAGGAUUACCCCAUUUCAGACGUCCAUCUCAUUUUGAAGAAGGCGAAAGACCUCCAAGACGCCAAAUAGCCCCUCCGUGGUUGGAGAAAAAAAGACUCUUUAUGGAGUUACCUUCUUUCCUGUAUUUUUUUUAAUGACUUAUCUAUAGUCGGGGAAAUGAAAUACAGAGUUUUCUAUGUGUUUCAGCCUCCGCGGAACAAACAAUGGCAUUAAUGGAAGGAACUCCCAAGAUGCAAAAAAAAACCCCAAGAUGGAUGGAGUGAGGACUUCAAGGGUUUGCUUUGACACAACGGUCUCCUGUAUACCUUAAUAGUAGAUGGAGCUCUCUGUCUCUUCUUUCGAGAUGAUUAGGUUUCCACCACUUUUCCCGAUUCGUUCUCCUUCUUUUUGGGGGACUGGCAAUUUCUUUUCGAAGCUGGUCCCAAAGAGACCAAAUGGAAGGAAGAGAACGAUGUUGGAACCAACCAACCGCCUUAUCACCCCGCUGCCUUCGAGAGAGACAACCUCCUCCGUGUUUGGAAAUUUACAGGCCCAAGGGAUGACAUUACAGCUCAAUCACAGCCUUUCCAAGGGAUCAGAAUCCACUAAAGAGGUUUCGUCAUCGAGUUGAACAUUGACGUUCAUUCCAUGAGGCUUUGGGAUGUUUAUUUCCUUCUGUGUCCAUCUGUCAGUGGGUUGUGGAAAGAUAGAACAGGCAUGGGUAAACGUUGGUCUUCCCUCCGGUUGUUUUGGACUUCAACUCCCACAAUUCCUGGCCUCAGACCCCUUCGUUUCCCCCCUCAGUCGCUUAAGCUAGACGAUAGAGUGAUAGACCUAAGAGAUGCCUACCUUCAGGUAGAUGAUAGAGUGAUAGAUCUAAGAGAGGCUUACCUUCAGGUCUCAUUAGAUAUAACGCUUAAGCGGCUGAGGGAGAAAAGGUAAGGGCCUGAGGCUGGGAGUUGUUGGAGUUGCAGUCCAAAACACUUUGAGCAAAGGCCAAAGUUUGCCCAUAUCUGCUUCAACUCACAUGAUCAAUGUGGGCUCUCUUUGGAGGAUAGCAUACGAAUCCCAAGGAUGGAAAGUGGAUGUUACAAAUGACAAACGGGGAUGUCAACGUCUUUGUCGGGCGCUGCUUCACCAAAUUACUUUAGUUCUUUGCUCUUCAGGUUUAUACAGGAUCAGGCUUGCUGUCCUUGUUUCGUCACUGGAUUCGGAUUGGAAUUUAGCAUCGUAGAAGUUGGCACAUUUUUGGCGCAGUUGGCAGGAGUCCUCUGUUUACAAACGGAAUGGAGUCGGCCCCAAAGUCGCUUCGGAACGCUGUCAUCACCACAGAAGCUUCUUUCUCAUCCAUCAAUUCACUUUUGGGUUUUGUGUUUCGAAAAAGGAAGAGGCCAUUCUGUCCUCCCUUGAGGCUCUUUGGUCCCAAGCUGCCAAUCUCCAAUUUUUCUUUCUUUCUUUAUUGUUUUGUGAACAUAAAACACGUCUUUUUUUGUGUGUUCUCGCUUCUGUUCAAAUAGGCUCCAUUUUCCUUGGAGUGAGGAGUAUACCAUCUUGUCAUCUUCUCAGUGUUUGAUGAUGCAGGUUGGAGUAAAUUUCUUUGGCAGAAAA